UGGAGCGCUGUCGACGGGGCGACCACACUCCGUUUCGCGUCAUGUAUAGCGAGGAGAGGAGACGCUUGCGUGUUUCAAGACAAGCUGCGGCACGUUUUUCUCAGGUGAAACUGAAAUCGUCUAUGAAGCGUGCACGACUGCAAAAUCGCCCUAGAAUUCCACACAGCCUGAAGGAUUUUGACAAGAUUUUGCGCCAAAGGCGCUACAGAUUACUGUCACGUACCAUGGAUGGGAAGGAUUCAGUGUACGCUGGACGGGCGGGAAGUGCUUCGGCAAGAACAAUUUCACUUGUUUUCAUGACCAAGAGAAUGGCAAAGUACACAAAAAAAGUGAAAAAAAUUUUUGUUGACGGUACUUUUAGCCCCGUUCCCCGUGGAGUAAAAGCGUCUCAAGUAUGGACAAUCAGUACAGUGCGACGACACCAUGUCAUUCCCCUUGUGAGAGUUCUCAUGCGAAAACGAACCACUGCAUCGUACAGAGCUGCAUUGGAGAAAAUAAAAGAAGUAGCCCCUCGCCUGCGGCCUAAAGAAAUCAUGUCUGAUUUUGAAGGAGCUCAGCAGAGAGCUCUGCGGGAGGCCUUCCCCGAUGCUGAAUCUCGUGGCUGCUUAUUUCACUAUGCAAAGGACGUUGGUGGUAAAGCAAGAAAAUUGCGUAUGGCUAAAGUAAUGAAGAAGAGCAAGCCUGUUCGAACCCUGGUUCGGUGGAUGGGUGCUCUUCCAUUGCUUCCUCGCAGACGGAUUUGGGAGGGAUUUAAAGUCAUUGGAAAAGAAGCAAGGAAGAAAAAUGUUAUGUCAAGUAUGCUGAAACUCUUUCAAUAUUGGUGUAGGACGUGGAAGCCCAAGAUCCCAGUCCUCUCAGUGUGCGGUUCAGAAGACAGAACCAAUAAUGCACAGGAAUCUGAGAACAAAAUGUUUCAAGACGCCGUGGCUCAGCGUCGCCCCAAUGUGUGGGAUUUUACCGAUGGAGUUCUAGACAUUGAGGAUCGAACUGAGCAGGACAUCAAAACACUGGACCAUUGUCGAUCUAAUGCAAGCAGAAUCAGGGCCACUGCUGCUGUUUGCAACGAUGAGGUGAUCAAAGGGCUGACGGCUGAUCUGAAGGAAGGAAGCACAUCAGUACGCAACUUCCUAAAGCAGGUUUCCUAUUGCAUUUCACGUGCUGUUCAGAGGGGUCUAGAUGGCCGUAAGAAUAAGAAGAAACUGUGAAACUUGUUUGUUCCUGCCUCAUUAGUUUUAUAUCAUUGCAACAGAGGUGUGGUUACUGUGCUGCAUGAUGUCACCAGUUCAAUGCAGAAUUUGUUCACUCCACCCAUUGACCAAAGAAUUGAGAUUUUUUUUUGGUGAAAGUUACAACUCAUUUAUUUAGGGAUAUGUUUGUGAAAUGUCAUGUCUGGGGAGUUUAUGCCCAUAGGUGUUGUAUUGCAAUAAAUUAAUAGGAUUUCAAUGGUACAUGAAGUAUUUAUUACAUGAAGCAUUUAUUACGGUACUAGCUGCCUUUUAAACAU